AUGCGAGUUUUCAUCAAUUUCUCUUCUCACAUCAAAGUAAAAACAACUUCACCUGAUACAUCUAAAUCAUCAACAACUUCACCUGUUACAUCUAAAUCAUCAACAACUUCACCUGAUACAUCUAAAUCAUCAAUUACUUCACCUGAUUCAUCUAAAUCAAUAACAAAUUUACCUCAAACAGAGUCUGGAACUUCUUCUGUCAUGUCUAUUGAUGAACAAACAUCAGUUAAGUCAAACACCGCUAGCAUCGGUCAAACUACAUCAAAUCGCUUUUUCACGGACCAGACAUCACAAACUUCAGGCCCAACUAUCACGGACCACGUAUCAGAUAUAGCUGCCACGGACCAAACACCAAGUGCAGCUCAUACGGACGAAAUACCAGACACAAGUGUCACGGACCAAAUGUUAACGCCUUCAAGCAAAGGCAGUGUUGGCCAGGCAUCCACUACAUCAAUCACAUCUCUCGGGGACCAACCAUUUUAUACCUCAAACACAAAUAUCCGAGACCAACCAUCAACUUCAUCAGUCACACAUUUUGAGGACCAUUCGUCCACCAAAUCAGACACAAAACUCGAGGACCAUCCACCCACCUCAUCAAUCACAACAAUCGGGGACCUACCAUCCACUAAAUCAAUCGCAAAUCUGGAGGACCGACCAGCUACCACAUCAAUCACAACUCUUUGGGAUGAACCAUCAACUACAUCAGACAAACCUCAUAUGGACCAACCUUACACCACAUCAAUCACAACUCUCGGGGACCAACCAUCCACUACAACAAUCACAACUCUCGGGGACCAACCAUCCACCAGAUUAGACACAACUCUCCUCAAACAACAAUCCACCACAUUAAUCACAACUCUCCUCAAUCAACCAUCCACAACAUCAAUCAAAACUCUCGAGGACCAACCAUCAACUACAUUUAUCACAACUCUCGAGGACCUACCAUCCACCACAUCAGACACAACUCUCGAGGACCAACCAUCAUCUACAUUUAUCACGACUCUCGAGGACCUACCAUCCACCACAUCAGACACAACUCUCGAGGACCAACUCUCAGCUACAUUAAUCACAACUCUCGAGGAUCAACAAUCCACUUCAUCAGACACAACUCUCCUCGAUCAACCAUCCACCACAUCAAUUACAACUCUCGAGGACGACCAACCAUCUUCCACAUCAGUUACAACUCUCGGGGACCUACCAUCUACCACAUCAGUCACAACUCCCGCGGACCAACCAUCCACUACAUCAGUUACAAUUCUCAAGAACCAACCGGCCACCACAUCAUUCACAACUUUCGAGGACCAACCAUCAUCAGUCACAACUUUCGAGAACCAAAUAUCAUCUAAAUCAGUCACAACUCUUAGGGACCAACCGUCCACCACAUCAAUCACAAUUUUCGAGGACCAACCGUCUACCACAUCAGUCACAAAUUUCGAGGACCAACCAUCCACCACAUCAGUCACAACUUUCGAGGACCAACCAUCGUCUAAAUCAGUCAUCACUCUCAAGGACCAACAAUCGACUACAUCAGUUACAAUUCUCGAUGACCUAUCAUCCACCACAUUAGACACAACUCUCGGGGACCAACCAUCUACCACAUCAAUCACAAUUCUCGAGGACCAACCAUCCACCACAUUAAUCACAACACUUGAGGACCAACAAUCUACUAAAUCAACCACACCUCUCGGGGAUCAAUCAUCCACCACAUCAAACACAACUCGCGAAGAACUAUCAUCCACUACCUCAGUCACGAUUCUUGGCCACCAACCAUCCACUACAUCAGUCACAACUAUCAAGGACCAAACAUCCCCCACACCAGUCACAACUCCCGCGGACCAACCAUCAACUACAUCAGUUACAAUUCUCAAGAACCAACCGUCCACCACAUCAUUCACAACUUUCGAGGACCAACCAUCAUCAGCCACAACUUUCGAGAACCAACUAUCAUCUAAAUCAGUCACAACUCUUGGGGACCAACCAUCGACUACAUCAAUCACAAUUCUUGAGGACCAACUAUCCACCACAUCAGUCACAAUUCUCGACGACCAACCAUCCACUACAUCAGUUACAAUUCUCAAGAACCAACCGUCCACCACAUCAUUCACAACUUUCGAGGACCAACCAUCAUCAGUCACAACUUUCGAGGACCAACCAUCGUCUAAAUCAGUCAUAACUCUCAAGGACCAACAAUCGACUACAUCAAUCACAACUCUCGAUGACCUAUCAUCAACCACAUUAGACAUCACUCCCGAUGACCAAACAUCAACCACAUCAAUCACAACUCUCGCGGACCAACCCUCAGCUACAUUACUCACAACUCUCGAGGAUCAACAAUCCACUUCAUCAGACACAACUCUCCUCGAUCAACCAUCCACCACAUCAAUCACAACUCUCGAGGACGACCAACCAUCUUCCACAUCAGUUACAACUCUCGGGGACCUACCAUCUACCACAUCAGUCACAACUCUCGGGGACCAACCAUCUACCACAUCAAUCACGAUUCUCGAGGACCAACCAUCCACCACAUUAAUCACAACACUUGAGGACCAACAAUCUACUAAAUCAACCACACCUCUCGGGGAUCAAUCAUCCACCACAUCAAACACAACUCUCACAACUCUCAAGGACCAAACAUCACCCACAACAGUAACAACUCCCGCUGACAAAACAUUCACCACAUCAGUCACAACUCUCAAGGACCAACCAUUCACCACAUCAGUCACAAUUCUCAAUAACCAAAUAUCAACCACAUCAUUCACAAAUUUCGAGGACCAACCAUCCACUAAAUCAGUCAUAACUCUUAAGGACCAACCAUCCACCACAUCAGUCACAACUCUUGAGAACCAACCGUCCACCACAUCAGUCACAACUUUCGAGGACCAACCAUCGUCUAAAUCAGUCACAACUAUUGGGGACCAACCAUCGACUUCAUCAAUCACAACUCUUGAUUACCAACUAUCCACCACAUCAGUCACAAUUCUCGAGGACCACCCGUCCACCACAUCAGUCACAACUUUCGAGGACCAACCAUCCACCACAUCAGUCACAACUUUUGAGGACCAACAAUCGACUACAUCAAUCACAACUCGCGAUGACCUAUCAUCCACCACAUCAAUCAUCACUCCCGAUGACCAAACAUCCACCACAUCAAUCACAACUCCCGAGGACCUACCUUCCACCACAUCAAUCACAACGGUCACGGAACAAACAAUGAUAACAGGAAAUACAACUAUUGUCGACCAACCAUCCCGCUCUUCUCUUCUUGGCCAAACAUCAACCGCAACUGUUGCGGACGACAUAUCCACAUCAUCAGAGGUGACUUCAAGUGUUUCCUCAACAACACAUUCUGGACGUUUUGUUGAGACUCAGAGCACAAUUGAAACAACAACAGAAAGCCCAAGCACCAGUGAACCAGCUACUAAAGUGCCCACAACUUAUGACCAACCAGAAACCACAACAACGCCAACGGAUUCUGUUUCGACAAUGGUAGGACCAGUGACCACGAGCCAAAGUCCAAGUGUUACGGAGCCGCUAACACUUACUGUUGGGACUCUUUCUCCGGCGGAUGAUUCGCAGACCAUUUUCAUAGCAGAAAUGUCUGUGGUUGCGGAGUGGGAUCCAGCUUACGAUGAUCCUAACUCGGAAGAAUACAGGGAUCUUCAACACGCCAUCAUUGCUUUUAUCCUACAAUUGUUCAGGGAAGCGCAUAUAGCAGACAUUUUCAGCAUAACUAUUGUCACCUUUUCACCGGGCAGUAUUAAUGUCGAGUAUGAAGUCGUCAUGAGUCACAAACAAUAUGAAGGAGACAGCUUACGAGAAGCCAUAAAGAAAGCCUAUGGAGACAUCGUUUAUCCGUCUAUGAUGUUGAAGGAGGAUGUCAUAUCCUUUGUGGGUAAGUAG